UACAAGCAAACUUUAUACAAUUCUUCUAAUACGCGGUAAUCCGUCUCCCUCUUCAAGGCGAGAGCGCUCUCCGCUCCAAAUGGCAAGCAUUCUUGAUAGUCUAAGACAGGAGGCGGAGUGCUCGCUCUGCCACAAAACUCCAAGUGAGCCAAAGAUCCUCAAGUGCUUCCACACAUUCUGUAACGAAUGUUUAACUGAGAAGAGCGCAGAGUUUAAGGGAGAUGGAGAGACCUUUAGCUGUCCUUCGUGCAAGACCAGAAUCGAUUUGCCACAGCGUUCUGAUUUUGGGUCACUGGAAUGCAGUGGCUUUCAUUCAAGGAUACUUGAAGUUUUGUCUCUGGCGAGUGCAAGCGAUGAUAACCAGGCUGCAAAAUGCCCUUGCAAGCGGGGAAAUCCAGCCGUGGCUCACUGCUUUGAGUGCGCAAGGCAUCUCUGUGAUGUGUGCUCUGAGGCACACGACUCCUUCACGGAUGGACACAGGACCGCUAAUCUUAAAGAACUUACAUCAGAAGACUACAAACUUUUCUUGAACCGCGAGACGCCAUGUGAGAAGGCUUCACAUAUGGAGGAGUUUGUGAAGUUUUAUUGUAAUACUUGUGGCGAGUGUGCGUGCCAGUUGUGCAUUCUGGAAGAGCACCAAGGUCUUCAUGACAUCAUAAACAUCGAACUUCGUGCGCAAAUGCAGAGGAAUGUGUUACAAAGUUUGUUACAAAAACUCAAGGUGAAAGAGGCAGAGCAACUUAAAAAUAUGAGAUACCUAGAAGAGAUGUCUUGCACCAUGAAGACAUCCGCCGAGGAUACAAAAAUCAAAGUUCGCCAAGCGGCCGAGAGACUAAUAGAGUUCAUCGAGCAGAGCAACAGAGAGCUGGUUUGUCAGCUUGACAGAGAGGUAUCGAUGGUGGGCACAAAACGCGAUGAGCAGGAGUCACUCCUCCAUCAGACCAGAAGUGCUAGCGAGUACAUCGCCAGACUUGUUGAUUAUGGCUCGGCGUACCUCAUCAUGAGUAAUAAUAAGACGGUACAGACACGGUGCGAGGAACUGAUCACUUCAGAUACUGGGUUUGCACAGGUCGAGCACAGAAAGAAAUUCGUACCAAGUGAUGCCGUCUCCGUGCUAAGAGAGCUAGGCCUAGGAUCUUUACGCGAAACCAAACCAUCAGACCCUACCAGAAGCUCCGUCACUACAGAAGGCUGCUCCGAUACCAUGUCAACCGUCAAGCUUACCGUCCAUACAAAGACCGUAGACGGCGACCCAAACACCGACCCAGAUGACGUCAUAGAAAUAACGGUAGAACCUAAAGAUGACGUCAUGGAGAUAAAAACCACUGAUAAAAUUGGCGAUAAAUAUCAAGCGAUAUUCACUCCAAAGGUUCCUGGUAAAUAUAAGACGGAAGUGAAAAUCAAUGGUCGACACAUUAGUAACAGCCCGAUGGAGAUCUGCAUCAAGCCACAGCGCAUGCGUUAUACAAGGGAGAUGAAGACAAAGGGAUCACGUGACCCGCUGGAGAAGCCUUGGGGUAUAGCGGUGAAUCGGAGCAACACGAAGCUUGCAGUGACAGACUGUCACUUUCACUAUAUCGUGAUCUUCAACAUGACUGGAAAGGUCCUCAUGUCUAUCGGGAGCCAAGGACGUGGUGAGGGCCAACUGGGCAACCCCCACGGAGUAGCAUUCCUGAACGAUGACGUCAUCGUGACGGCGGACGAGUACAACCACCGAAUCCAGUUAUUCGACACCAACACCGGACGGUGCCUGAAAUCCUUUGGUCACCAAGGCAACGGGGAUGGAGAGUUUAAGAAUCCAUUAGGUGUAGAUGUAGAUGAUAAUGGACGGAUAAUUAUUAGCGAUUAUUUGAAUAACAGGGUACAGGUGUUCACAUCAGAGGGGGAGUACUUGUUCCAGUUUGAUUUAGAGGUGCACGGAGAGGUUAUGUAUCCGGUCCAUACUCGUUACCAUGACAACGCCUUUUACGUGUCCGACUUCCGUAAUCACGUGAUACACGUUUUCGAUGAGCAGGAUGACGUGGUCACCCGGCGCGCUGUGAUUGGUCGAGAGGGGAAUAAGGAGGGCGAGUUUAGUUACCCGAGAGGCAUUGCGUUUGACUCUGUUGGGAAUUUGAUAGUGUGUGACAGGAAUAACCAUCGUUUGCUCAAGUUCACGCGUGAGGGUCGGCUUAUUGGACAUACGACACAGUACUUAGGCCUACCGAUAUACGCGACCGUCUUACGCGAUGGCAAGAUUCUGGUGACGGAUGACGAAAAAAAGCGAGUGUUGUUUGUAGAGCAAUCGUAGUAUCAGGCAAACGUCGGACAGGGGCGGGCAAAAGUUUUUAGUGUUUGGGGCUAUAGAAUAUACUUUACUGUUCAGACAGCGUACUAGGUAGUGACGACGAUAGGAAGCGGGUACUGUUUAUAAAACAACCAUUGGACCUGACAGAACGGAAAAACGUCGGCAGUAACGGGCAAAAUCUUUUAGCGUCUAGGGCUAAAGAAUAUACGCUACUGUUCAGACAAGAUAAUAGUUACUGACGACGAUAGAAAGCGAGUACUGUUUAUAAAACAGCCAUCGGACAGGAAAAGCAGGCUAUUUAGGACCUUCGCUUAUGGCUUUGCCGUUGCGUGAUACUGGUAAAGGUUGAUAAGCGGAAAUAAGUGGGCAGGGCAUGACCUGAUGACCGGAUGAGACCGGACCUGCAGUAUCUAGGAUUGCUGCCAAACGAACGAGCUAUGCCCUUGACCGGGUCUUGAAAACCGGACGACCCACAGUUGUUCGGACAUCUUCUCGAUGUUAUCAAAAGGCGCUUUGAGAAGGAAUAUUAGUGUAGGAGCCAGUUCCCUCUACGAAAUAGUUAUGCUUUCUAAAAUCUAAUGAUAUAAAUUUCUUACGUUAAAUAUUUUCAUUACUAUAAAAAAUGUUUAAAAACGUCCAUAGUGUAAUCGCCAUUAUAUUAAAUUAUAGCGGCGUUGCCAGGAUUUUAAAAGGAGGGGGCCUAAAAGGGACUUUCAAGGCCUUUUUUUCCUGUAUUUUAUUUAAUGUCUCAUACUUUACUGUAUUUUUGUCUGCUGAAAGAGGGGUGGGACCGGGCCCCCUAGGCCACCCCCCUAAUUACGCCCCUGAACUAUAUCUGAUAUAAAAUAAGGCUUCUUUCCGCAGUAUUUUGGAUAACCGAAAACCAAAAUUGUUCGGACAUCUACUCGGUGUUUUCAAAAAAACUGCUUUGAGAAAGAAUUCUAGUGAAGGAGCCAGUUCCCUCUACGAAAUAGUUAUGCUUGCUAAGAUCUAAUGAUAUAAAUUUCUUACGUUAAAUAUUUACGAUAAAUUUGUACGAUAAAAAAGUGUUUAAAAACGUUCAUAGUGCAUAUGUAAUCGCCAUUAUAUUAAACUAUAUAUGAUAUAAAAGAAGGCUUCUUUCCGCAGUGCUUUGGAUAACCGAUAACCACAAAAUAUUUAUUUUUUUGUUUAUUAACUUAACGGCAGUGUGACAGCUUACCUUACGCAAUAAAGAACGUCAAAAUACCGA